AUGCUUAUGGCGGUAAUUCUGUAUGGCAUAGGAACCACGCAAGCGUACAUGUAUUGGUGGAGAUAUCCAAACGACACUAAACUGACUCGCCGGACAGUGAUUGUCAUAUGGCUUCUAGAGACUCUACACACAGCCUUCUGUUUGGACGUCAUAUACAACUACACGGUUUUAGAUUAUGGUCAGAGUGUUGAUGAGAUUGUAUGGAGCGUCGGAGCUACAAUCUUGCUAGCUAUCAUGAUAGCCAUCACCGUGCAAAGCUACUUCAUCAACAGAAUUUGGAUAUUGAGCAAUCACAACACGUUUAUUACCGCGGUGCCGCUUGUCUUUGUUGUAUGCGAACUAGGUGCGACAUCAGAAUAUAAACAAACCCAUCCCUCACUCACCCCCAUGAUCAAGUUUUGGAGCUUGGUGAGCCGGUUCUUGAUCUCUUCUCGAAAUCCCGGACUCAAAAUCUGCAUGUGGCAAAGCAACUGCAAGCUUGACUUGGAAGAUCUCGUCAUGGACAGCCUUCUGGCAUGCUACGGGACCCUUGGUUCGCUAUACAGCAGCGUUGCCAGAGCCACUCGUCAACUUACCAUUUUUGCAGUAUACGCAAAUUCCUUCCUUGCUACACUGAAUGCACGGCAACACUGGGCGAACGGUGGUAGACGGGGGGCAGAGGGCGAGGCCAUCUCCAUGAACCUUACUUCAAUCCAGUCUGUCGAACAAGCGCGGCCAAAACUUACGCGAAUCGAGAUAUUCCAGAGUGUGAUGACCGUGACGGACAACGCUAACCCUGGGCAGGACCAGAAGUCUCCCAUACGAGAAGCGCACAUACAGAGAAUUGACGAAGACCCCGACAUCAAGACGCGUCUGAGCAAGCUCCAACCCUUGACAAUAGGCUGA